UUCCAACUCUUCCCUGGCCACGCACCAGUUUGUCUUCGUUUCAUUUCCUACUGAACUCUGAAAACUCACCAUGUUCCGUUUCUCCAUGUCUGUGACCUGAAAUACCUUUGCAUCUCAAUCCACAAAAUGAAACUUUCUCGCCCUCAAAUACAUAUCUCAAAGCCAAUCGCUAUUUUCCUAUCGAAACCCAAAUACUUUUGCAACUGUAAAUCCUCCACAAUUCAGGAUAAUGACGAAAAGGAAGCAGACUCCCACUUCAUAUCCAUCCUUACAAGCAUCCUAAGAGGAAAGCAAAGCUGGAAAAUUGCAUUAAACGAUCCAUUCAUUUCAAGCAAGUUAAAGCCUCACCAUAUUGAGAAAGUCUUGAUACAGUCCCUUGACGAUUCCAGGUUAGCUUUGAGGUUCUUUAAUUUUCUGGGUUUGCACAAGAACUUUUAUCACUCAACGAUGUCGUUUUGUAUCUUAAUUCAUGCUCUGAUUAAUGCUAAUUUGUACUGGCCUGCUUCUUCACUCUUGCAAACUUUGCUUCUUCGUGGUUUGGAUCCAAGAGAUGUUUUUGAGGCUUUCUGGAAUUCUUUUAAGGAAUGUAGAUUUAAUUCUUGUUUAGGUUUUGACUUGUUGAUUCAAAAUUAUGUACAGAAUAAGAGAGUUUUUGAUGGUGUUUUAAUAUUAAGGUUAAUGAGGGAGAAUCAUUUGAUGCCUGAACUGAGGACUUUGAGUGCCCUAUUAAAUGAUUUGUUGAUGAUCAGACGAUUUGACAUGGUUUUAACUUUGUUUGAUGAGAUUGUGAAUGGGUAUAUUAAGCCUGAUAUCUACAUUCAUACAGCUGUAAUUCGAAGCCUGUGUGGGUUGAAGGAUUUUGUAAAGGCAAAGGAAAUGAUUCAGUGGAUGGAGUUUAAUGGAUGUGAACUGAAUGUAGUAUUGUAUAAUGUGUUAAUUCAUGGGCUUUGCAAGGGUCAGAGAGUUUGGGAGGCAAUUAACAUUAUGAACAAUUUGAUCCGAAAAGGGUUGAAAGCUAAUGUGGUAACUUAUUGUACUAUAGUACUUGGGCUAUGCAAGGUGCAAGAGUUUGAACUUGGCAUUGAGAUAUUGAAUGAAAUGAUUGAGUUAGGAUUUGUCCCUAGCGAGGCAGUUGUUUCAGGUCUUGUUGAGGGGCUGAGAAGGAAAGGGCUUAUUAUGGAUGCUUUUUAUUUGGUAAACAGGGUUUUAAAGUUUGGAGUAUUGCCCAAUUUAUUUGUAUACAAUUCACUUUUGAAUUCUUUGUGUAAAAAUGGAAAAUUUGAUGAAGCAGAAUUGCUUUUCAAGGAAAUGGAAGAGAAGGGUUUAUGCGCGAAUGAUAUUACUUAUUCCAUUCUGAUUGAUUCAUUUUGUAGAAGGGGAAAAUUGGAUCUUGCUACUCAUUUUCUUGAUAAAAUGUUCAAGGAAGGGAUAAAAGUUACAGCGUAUCCCUAUAAUUCCUUGAUAAAUGGUUAUUGCAAAUUGGGAAAUUUGCUUGCAGCAGAGACUUGUUUUGAUGAGAUGCUCAAUAAUGGAUUAACUCCAACAGUUGUAACCUACACAUCCCUAAUAAGCGGAUAUUGUAAUGAAGGAGAGUUGAAUAAGGCGUUUAGAUUGUAUCAUGAGAUGAAUAGCAAGGGCAUUGCCGCAAAUACGUAUACCUAUACUGCAAUGAUAUCUGGCCUCUGUCAAGCAAAUAAGAUGGCUGAGGCAAUAAGAUUGCUAGAUGAAAUGAGAGAACGAAAUAUCGUGCCAAAUGAGGUUACUUACAAUGUUAUGAUUGAAGGAUAUUGCAGGGAAGGAAAUACGGUAAAAGCCUUCGGCUUGCUUGAUGAGAUGGUAGAGAAGGGCCUUGUCCCAGAUACGUAUACCUAUAGACCUCUAAUAAGUGGUCUAUGUUCUACUGGAAGAGCAUCUGAAGCGAAAGAGUUCAUUGAUGACCUUCACAAAAUGAAUCGCAAGGUAAAUGAAAUGUGCUAUGGUGUACUUUUGCACGGUUUUUGCAAGGAAGGGAGGUUCAGGGAAGCACUGAAUGCUUCUCGUGAGAUGGUGGAGAGAGGUGUGGACAUGGAUCUUGUAUGUUAUGCUAUACUCAUAGAUGGAACUAUGAAAGGACAUGAUUCUAGGACAUUAUUUGGUCUUUUGAAAGAAAUGCAUGAUCGUGGAUUGAGACCCGAUAAUGUAACAUAUACAAACAUGAUUGAUAGACACAGCAAGGCAGGUAAUUUUAAGGAGGCAUUUGGGCUUUGGGAUAUAAUGGUUGAUGAAGGAUGCAUUCCAAAUAUUGUAACAUACACUGCUCUGAUAAAUGGAUUGUGUAAGGCAGGAUUCAUGGACAAGGCUGAGAUUCUUUGUAAGGAAAUAUUGGUUGGCAAUUCAAUUCCAAACCAAUUCACAUUUGGUUGCUUCCUUGACCAACUUUCCAGGGAAGGGAACAUGGAUAAAGCUGUAGAGCUUCACAACACAUUGCUUAAAGGGUUUCUAGCAAACACCGUUUCAUAUAAUAUACUUAUUCGGGGAUUUUGCAAAUUGGGUAGGAUUCAGGAAGCAACAGAGCUUUUACAUGGAAUGGUAGCCAGUGGUAUUUUCCCGGAUCACAUCACUUAUUCAACAAUCAUCUAUGAGCAUUGCAGAAGGCGGAAUUUACAAGAAGCCACCAAAUUGUGGCAAUCUAUGCUAGACAAGGGUGUCAAACCAGAUAAGCUAUCAUAUAAUUUUAUGAUAUAUGGUUGCUGCAUAGCUGGAGAACUAGAAAAAGCUUUGGAAUUGCAGGAUGACAUGACAAGAAGAGGUAUGAAGGUAAAUCAAGUGACGUACGAUACUCUUAUUCAGGGAGCUGACUCGCAAAGCUCAGUUUUGUCCGCUGAUAGGUAAUUUUGCUUGUAAAUAGUUGUGCCAUAUGUGUUGAAUAGAAAACUUAACAGGGUUCUUGUGGCAUUGAGUUGGUUGAUAGUCUGUGCUCUUGGCCUAGAACCACAAAUUUGAUGGUCAAAAGGAAAAUGCUGAAGCUAGCUAGGAGAAAAUCAUAGCAUUAGAAUAUCAUAUUGUGUUAGGAUUGGUUAAACACCCUUGUUGGCCUACUAUUAGUUUUGUUGAAGCAAUAAUUUAAAGUGAUUAAUUUUUUAAGCCAA